AUGAAUGAAGCGCUGAGCGUCGUGUCGGGGGCGCUAUGGAGCUUCGUGCUGUGCUUCUUCGACGUGGCUUUCUUUUGGCAACGAAAACUAUACGCGUGGUGGGUACAGAAGAGCCAGAGAGAUCUGCUGCUGGAAGCUAUCAGCGAUGCGCGGCUGUUUGAGGAAUGGGAGGCUGCUGCGUACAAACUCGAUGAGGUGCUCGACUACGACAUGUGGCGACAGACCGCCAUAAGCAAAGACUACGACCAUCGCCUUAUCCAUCAGCGUCUUUCCGCCAUCUACGAAGCUCAGGAAGACAACGACAUACUUGGGCUCAUCAACCUACUUCGCAGCGGUCUCGUUCGCAACCUCGGGAACAUAACAGCGUCGAACUUGUACAAUCGCGCAUACGCAGGCACAAAACUGUUGAUCGAAGACUAUGUCACCCAAGUCGCAUACGCCAUCGAGAACCUCACCCAAUACCCUACGUCGAGAAACUCGGAUACCGGCUUGACGAACCAGGCGAAGCUGGAUGUUCUCCAUGAUACAAGGCAGGCGUUUGGUAGAUCUGUGCUGGUGCUGCAAGGCGGGCAGGUCUUCGGGAUGUGCCAUCUUGGUGUUGUAAAAGCGCUCCAUCUACGUGGGCUGCUACCUAGGAUCAUAGCUGGGACUGCUACCGGUGCUCUGAUAGCGGCGCUGGUGGGUGUGCACACCGAAGACGAGCUAUUGGAGUUUCUCACAGGCAGAACUAUCGACUUGACAGCCUUCACGAACCGACCAUAUAGGAAGGGCACAGGAGGAACCGCAUGGAUAGGCACACUGAUACGUCGGGCUAAGCGAUGGUUUGAAGAAGGGCACUUCCUAGACGUUGGUGUCUUAGAGGAUGUUCUGAGAGCAAACGUGGGAGACUUGACAUUUGAAGAAGCAUAUACGAGGACGAAAAGGGUGCUGAAUAUCACCGUCACGACAACUAGUGGUGGAGGUAUACCAAACCUUCUGAAUUACCUCACAGCUCCUAAUGUUCUCAUCUGGUCUGCAGCCCUCGCUUCCAACGCCACAGCCUCCUCUACCCUCUACCAUUCCGUAACAAUGAUGUGCAAAGACGAAGAAGGCAACAUCGUCCCCUGGUCUCCAGCUUCGAAAACCACCUUUCGCCCCUACACACACGCUUCGUAUCGAGAACGCGAGUCUCCUCUCCAUCGUAUCGGUGAACUCUUCAACGUAAACCACUUCAUCGUCUCACAAGCCCGACCCUACCUUGCACCUUUCCUGCGCUCAGACUCACACCACCCCAACCCCAAACAAGACGGUCGCUGGCGACUAAGCAUGCCCAUACUGCGUCUCGUAGUUCUAGAGAUCCAGCAUAGACUACAACAACUCGACGAGCUGGGUUUGCUGCCCCUCUCUAUCCGUCGUUUCCUCUUGGACGAAAACAUCCCAGGACCAAGUCUUACGCUAGUGCCCGAACUCACACCAAGCGACUUUUUCAAGCUGCUUGAAAACCCUACUAAAGAGGCAAUUGACUACUGGAUACUAAAGGGGGAACGGAGUGUUUGGCCGGCGGUUACGGCGCUCAAGAUCAGCAACAUCACAUGGCACCCAUCGCUCUCGCGCGACGAGCGCAACUCAUUCCGCAAGCAGAAGGGCUUCACAAUCUGGUUUACCGGUCUCUCUGCGUCAGGCAAGUCGACCAUUGCGACAGCACUUGAGCAGCAUCUGCUACACCUCGGCUUCGCGGCAUACCGUCUUGAUGGCGACAACGUGCGAUUUGGGUUGAACAAGGACCUCGGAUUCUCGGAGAAGGACCGAAAUGAGAACAUUCGAAGGAUUGCAGAGGUCGCGAAGCUCUUCGCUGACUCGUCCACAAUCGCCAUUACAUCCUUCAUCUCUCCCUUCAAAGCCGACCGCAAGCAAGCUCGCGACCUGCACACCGUAACCACAGGCAAAGACUCCCCAUUGGCUUUCGUCGAGGUCUUUGUCGACCUGCCACUCGAAGUCGCCGAGGCGCGCGACCCCAAGGGUCUGUACAAGUUGGCAAGGGAGGGCAAGAUUCCCGAAUUCACCGGCAUCAGCUCGCCGUACGAGGCGCCUGAGGACGCGGAGAUUCACAUCAGGAGCGACCAGAAGAGUGUUGAGGACAGCGUUAAGGAGAUCGUCGAGUACUUGCAGAGCAAGGGCUUGCUGGAGUUGCAAAAGUAA